AUGUCAGCUACAGGAACCAAACGGUUCAAUACAAACACUAGACCGGUCACUUCUAGUAAACAAUCCUCAGCCAAGGGAGCAUAUGGUAAGAGUCCGGGAUGCACAAGGAGCUGUGGCUUGAGGCUACCAAGGAAUACAGAAGUCACAGCAGCAAGACUGAUCAAGCAUCUCAGCUAUAACUUUGUUAAGGGAUUACGUUUGGUGGUAAUGAGGAAGAAGAAGAAACGAUCUCCACCAGUGAAGGCUUCUUCUAACGGUAGAUCUCAGCUUUCGGCCAUCUCUGUAGUUAAUGAUACUCAUAGGUCAGAGGCGAUAGAAGACUGCAUACAGUUCAUCAACUCAUCAACCUCGUUCACAAGAUCAAGUUCUGCUAGUGGCCGUACAUCUUAA